AUGAUUGUUUACCACGCAAUUGACCAUAAAAACAUCAAAUACUUUAGUAUCUUAGAUGUUGUCAGAAAAAUACGCAAAGAACGUCAUCUUAAGUUCAUUCUAUCACUUGCUAAUCCCAUUGAUGUUGGUUUCAAGGUUUCUGAGACAGAACAAUUAAAAAUUAAUCUUGAAUUUUCCCAAAAAUCGCAAAUUGAAGCACUUUCAUAUGCCACUAAAAAUAGAGAUAGAUGUGGAUCUAAGAUUGUCUACUUUGUUGACUCUUUAUUCGAUGUUCAGAACAUAAUUAACAAAUUCCAAAAACAAACAUCGAAUUUAACAGUCAUUUCACCAGAAAAGACACCAGAAACAAGUUCCAAAGACAUUUUAUCAUUGUGUCAGAGUAAAUCCUGUUUAAUUCCUUUGUUUUCGAACAUCAAAUCACAUUUGAAUUUGUUUAACACGCAAAAUCCCAAUUCUUCCAUUUUUGUUUUGUUUGUUUUCGGAGAUACACAGAGCGCAAUCAUGAACUGUAGUUUCGCAAUCAAUGGCUGCAAAAAUGAUAUGAAUUAUAUGUAUAAAAUUUCAAAUGUUCAUGGAAAUUAUGAUUAUUUGAUUUUGGAAUGUGCUGAACAAAGAACUAAGACAAGAUAA